UCAAGAGCCGCCAAUGACGGCAAGACAUAUUCAUCAAGCUCAAAUAGGCUCAUUCCACUGGAUGAGGUCUAAAUGUCAAUGGUGAUGUUGAAGAAAAGGGGAAGGGGGGCGGGAAGGAGGCAGGCCUCGGAGAGUAAGCAAGUUCAAUCAUGCUUUUUGGUGCUAGUCGAAUAGCGUCAUGGCAUGUGCCGAAAACCGCUUAUCGAUGGCUCGAGCAGCUCAUCUAGAGGGACUAAAGCUCAGUCCGAGCAACCAAAAGUGGUCAGGCAAGACCGGAAUCGAGCUGCUUUGCAGCGCGAAAAGGAGCGCAGUUUUACACGAUUCAAGCAAUCGUGGGCCAGCAUAGAUAGUCGGCAAGGGAUUGAGUCUUCCCAUUGCUGUAUGAACAAAAGUGACGUAGUCAGCGACAAGCCCAGUAGAGCUCAGACAACAUCGGCGAUGCAUUCUGGUCGUCAAGAUCACGUCUCGGACACACGACUUCCUCGACCUUACUCACGAGCACGACACAUCAGCCGUAGAUCCUCUGGGAUUCGGGACUCGGUUGAGUCAGCAAUGGGUCUGGCUGCGAGCAAAGAACAUCGGCUGCGAGCAGAGAACAUCGGAUAUACGCAGCAAGCAUUGCCGCCUUUCAAUCUUUCAGUUCGCUCGAUACGUACCCCUUAGGAGUAAAAGUAGGGGUGCUCUCCCAAAGAACGUUGCAAAGCUCGUUCCAGUCUUUGGCGGCCGAUUGAUCAUCGUAGGAGUUGUAAAGCAGGGUGCACCCACUCUUAGGCUGCGCCCACGUUACCGUCGUCGACGUCACAGCGGAC